AUGGAUUCUUUUAUUUACCUCGUUUGUCGGAAUAUUAUUCGUCUCUAUUCUUACAAGGUGAAGUCACCGAAAAACGUGCUGGAUAAAGGUAAAGCCAGUUGUUUUUACAAACUGCAAGGUGAAUUCCCUAUCGACACUUGCAAUCACUUGACCGCUGUUUCAUCCGCUAAUAUUUUCUAUUCAUAUCUGAUCGUGUGCGCUGGAUCGGAUCGCAGGCUUUCCAUACUGGACUUGAACACGAAUAAGGUUGCUCUGGAAAUUGAAAAUGCGCACAGCCGAAAUAUCACCGGAAUAGCACUGAACCAGGGAUCAGCAUACGCCAAUACCUCAGGAUUCGACGAACAGAAUUCCUUUCAACAAGCUUCAACGUAUGACUACAAUACAUAUGCCACGGUGGCUCCGGGAGACGGUGUGCGAAUGUGGGAUCUCCGGGAUAGGCACCAUGCGGUUAUGCAAUUCGUCCGACCGGAUGCUCCGUACGGGAACAUUACAUCCGGCCCCGCUUCUAAUCCGCUAAUACCUCCAGUGACGGCUGCAUUCAGCCCCUGUGGCAGGCAGUUGAUUGUUGGUGGCCGAGUGACACCGAACCAUCCGUUCCCCGUGAUCUAUGACACACGUCGUGCCGGCUCACACCCGUUGGCUACUCUCACACCGAAAUCAGACAAGAGAUCCGCAGUCACCACAGGAUCCCACGACGGUCAGCUAGCCACCUACACAACCGGCUUGGGUUGA